CAUAAGAUUUGUUUAUUUCAACUUGUAGUAACAUAGGAGGCCAGGAAUGAGUCUUGCUGUCGCUGCUCUACUUUUUCUUGUGUCUUUCUCUGCUUCUGAAAGCAAAUACCAGUUCAGGAAUCAUCCAGAAACAGUCCUCUAUUCAAAUAAUGGUACCAGAGUGAGUGGCAUCCAAGACCACUUUCAAAAGGACAUAGUCCUAGGAGGACUCUUUACAGUAUACUAUGACCUUGGAGGUACUGGGGAAGGUAGCUGUGGCAAUGUUAUAUUUGAGGCUGGUAUUGAAAUGCUUGAAGCAAUGCUUCAUGCAAUCGACAGCAUCAACUCUGAUCAAAAUCUCUUGCCAAAUAUGACACUGGGUUAUGAUAUUAGGGACACAUGUAAGCGGGAGAAUAUAGCACUAGAUGAAACUAUAGAUAUGCUGUUCUCAAGCACAGAUAUACAGCUUGACAGUGCUAGCUGUCAAAAUUCUAACAUGACGCUACAGUCUCCAGUGUCAGUAAUUGUUGGGGCUUACGAAAGUUUCCUUAGCAUUCCUGUAGCAAGUUUAUUACGUCUCUUCAAGAAACCUCAAAUUUCAUAUGGGUCUUCAUCAACUGCUCUAAGCAAUCGUGAAUUCUACAGUUAUUUCUACCGGACUUUCCCACCUGAUGAUCAACAAGCGCAAGCUAUGAUAGACCUGAUCCUACACUUUGGCUGGGACCACAUCUCAACCAUAAAUUCCAAUAAUUUGUAUGGUCAGAGAGGAAUUGAGGAAGUGAAGAAGCAUGCUGCAGCUAAUGGUAUCUGCAUUGACUUUGAUGGUUUUAUCACUAACGAGUUUAAAAUACCUGACUACAUUGCUCUUGCUCGAAGGCUCCUCAACUCUUCAUCAGAUGUAGUCAUCCUUUUUGCUUCCCUUCAUGAAGCAGAGACUUUCCUUAAGGAACUAAGCAAACUUCAUUCCUCUCUUAAAAGUAAUCGACAUUUUCUGUGGAUCGCAAGUGAUGCAUGGGCUGAAUUAACAGAUGAAGAUUUUAAUAACAUAACUAGUGGGAAGUUUGCAUUUCCAGUUUAUUCUAAAAUCUAUGGCUCAUUUAAUAGCUAUUUCUCUCAGCUAAGUCCCUCAGUAAACCUACGUGACCCAUGGUUUUCACGCUAUUAUGAACAAUAUUGCAAAGAAAAUAAUUGCAUUCACAAUAGUAGUAUCACAGAUACGCCUGGCUUUCGACAGUUCUCAGUAGUCCCUCUUGUUACUGAUGCUGUAUAUGCUGCUGCUCAUGCUAUUAACAAUUUCAUACAAGACAAUUGCCCUCACCCAUUGCACUGGCAGCCACACAAUCAGAGCUGCAUCGGAUACAACAAGUCACUGGACAGCGAGACACUAAGGCAGUACAUUAACAGAGUGAACUUUACCAGCCCAACUGGGAAUAGGGUGGCUUUUGAUGAGUUUGGCAAUGUGCAGGCAAAAUACACCAUACUGAACUAUCAGCUGGUAACUUCAUUAUCCUGCCAGAGCUUAAAAUGCUCUCAAGAUUUUGAGUUAAGGGAAGUGGGUGUAUGGGAUGGUAGUGCUUUAGGGGAUAGGCUUGAGAUUUUUUCAAAUUUUACUAAACAGUUUGGUAUUAAUCAAACUACAGGAGAUGUGCUGUUUUCACUUAAUUCAUACUGCCAGAGUUGUAGUCUUGGGUAUUUUAAGAGGGUAGUAACGUCAUCAUGUUGUGGUACGUGUGAUCCUUGCCUUGGAUCAAACUAUACUAACACUAACUCUUCAACAAUGUGUAUGACAUGUCCUGAUAAUAUGUGGGGCAACAAUCCUCUCACUGGUAAUACUCAUUGUAUAGAUAUUGAUGAAUCAUAUUUAAAACCAUCAGAUGCAUGGGGUAUAGUACUGAUAAUACUAGCCAUCAUUGGAUUAAUAGCUGUAGUAUCUGUCACAUCUGUUUUCAUCUGGUUCUGGAAUACACCAAUCGUCAAGUCUUCAGGAAGGGAGCAAAUGAUGCUAGUACUAAUUGGAAUAACUCUUUGUUUACUCUCAGCUUUACUGUUCCUUAUAAAACCAUCACCAACAGUCUGCGGUCUUCAAAGGAUAAGCCUGUGGUUCUCUUCAUCUCUCAUAUUAAGUGCAUUACUUGUCAAAUUAAUCCGAAUAACUCGCAUAUUCAUGCAAAGAAAAGUAACAACUAGACCGAUGUUCAUAGCUCCAGCUUAUCAGAUUCUUUUUACAUUUAUACUCGUUGGCUUCCAAAUGCUACUAGUCAUCAUCUCACUUUCGGUAGCUCCUCCUAAUAUCAAGCAGACAAAGCAAUACAAUUCAGAGAACUAUAACGACUACCCAACACUUACACUUCAAUGUACUCUGCCCCACACAGCAACGAUAGUCCUCCAAAUGCUCUAUUACUCUAUCCUUCUCAUUACUAGCAAUGUACUAGCUGUUUUCACUAUAAGAUUUCCUGCUAAUUUUAACGAAUCGAAAUACGUUUCAUUUGCCACCUUUUCCCUGACCUUCCUUUGGCUGGUUUUCAUACCAUCCUACAUAAUCACUGCUAACACAGCCACUCAAGGCUACGUUAUGUCUUUCAUGAUUCAGAUGAGUUCUAUCGUCACACUUCUUUGCUUGUUUGGUCCGAGGAGUUUCAUUAUGAUUUUUUUGCCUAAGAUGAAUGUCAACAAACUUCAACCGACCCCGAAUAUCAAAGGAUUUGAUAAAGGUAUUGCAUUGAAGGCAAAUAUUGACUCACCAGCUAAUACCGUUACUAAAGGGACCAUUUUGGACUCACAAAAGGAAUAAACAUUGACAUGAUCACUGCUUGCUUUUGUUGGUGAAACUAAAUUUUUGUUUCUGUAAGUGUGUUUUUUUUAUUGUAGUACUUUAGCUUCAGUUUUUGUACGCGUACAUUCUGAGUGUAAUGCAGAUGGUAGUGUUGUUUGUUUAACCUUUGACAUUUUAUUUCCUUAUUCGUAUUAUUUUGUCCCAACAAUAUUCUUUUAACAAAA